AUGUCUACCCAAACUCUCCCUGAAGAGCAAAACGCUCUCCUCAUCACCGCCAAAGGCGCCCGUAUGACGGUUGGAAAGCGCCAUGUCCCCAAGCCAGGCGCUGGUCAAGUCCUUGUUCACAACAUCGCCGUCGCGAUCAACCCCGUCAACAUGUACGUCCAGAAGACCGGCAUGUUCAUUAAGGAUGAAGAUCUCCCGUCGGUGACUGGGCACGACGGAGCGGGCGAAGUGUGUGUUUUGGGCGAGGGCGUGCAAGGAUGGAACAUCGGUGACAAAGUCUUCUACCAGUCCCACCAAGGCAGCGACCGCUCGACAUUCCAAGAGUACACCGUCGUCGAUGCCGCCAUCAUGGCCCGCAUCCCUUCGAACAUCACCGUCGAACAAGCCUCCUCUAUCCCGCUCUGCCUCGCCACCGCCGCCAUCGGCAUCUACAAGGCCAGGGAGAACGCUCUUCGUCCUGGCCCUGGUUUUGAUCGCGGUGGUGCGGGGCUUACGCCGCCUUGGGCGCCGGGCGGGAUGGGCAAGUAUGCCGGGCAGGCGGCACUCGUUAUCAGCGGCGCGAGCUGCGUUGGACAAUUCGCGCUGCAACUCCUGAAAGCAUCAGGCUUCGGCCCGCUCAUCGCCACCGCCUCUAGCCACAACGAGGCGUACUGCAAAGCCGCCGGCGCGACGCACGUCAUAGACUACAAGACCACGCCCUACGACCAGCUCCCCGGUGUCGUCAAGUCCAUCGUCGGCGACACCCCCGUCAGCUUCGUCUACGACGCCGCAGCACGAGGCACCAACGAAGCUGCCUUCUCCGUCCUCGCGCCCGGUGGAGGCAUGGUCACCGUGUUCACCCCGCAAGUCGGCAAACGCGGGGAAGACGACGAGCAGGGCCGUAGGGUCGUAUGGGUGUACGGAGGCGCCGCUGAAGAGGAUCAUAAGGCGUUCGGUACGGAGAUGUACGCGAACUUGACGGGUAUGAUUGAGAGGGGCGAGUUGAAGCCGACGAACAUUCGGGUACUCGAGGGUGGGUUGGCUGCAAUUCCGGCUGGAUGCGACGAGCUUGAGAAGGGCGUUAGUGGGGUGAAGCUUGUUGUUCGCGUCCGCGAUUGA